UGCUUUUUGACUUAAAAUAAAAAUAAACUGAAUCCACCGUGACCUUAUUCAAAAUUGCCGUUUACUAACUUGCAUUUGCAUUAUCGAUUGCAUUGCUUAUCCAAGUUAAUUCCCUAGUAAAUGAGAUCUCUAAAUAUUUGAUUUCUUGUGAUCGAAAAAGCAAAUUAAAAAGACUGAUUGAGUUAAAUCAGCAUUUCCAUUUUGAUAGUAGAAUCGUCAAGCAAUGUUACUUGUUACGUUGUUUCUUCAAAUCAUACUAGUAUCCAGUAAAAGAGUAUUUUAUAAAUUACAUCAAUGCGAGAAUAAUGAAGCAAAUUUAAAAUCUCUUGCUGAAGAAAUCGUGGAGGAAAUUAUUGAACAAACAAAUUGCAUUAUUUUUGUUACGGAUUCGAUUUAUCAAAAUCUUAUAGAUAUUCAAAAUAUUAAAGGUUCUUCAAAUGUAUCAAAAUAUGAGAUCUUAUUACAUGAUAACGAACAAUUUUCACGGCCAAGACGACGAAUACAAAGAAUUUUAGUCGACGGUAGAACAGUUGACUGUAACGCAUAUAUUAUGCUAAUCAGUAAUGGUUAUUUGACAGCAGAAUUUUUACAAUAUACAGAAAGAGAACGUCUAAUUAAUACUCAUGGUUUAUUUUUAUUGUUAUAUGAUUUACGUUUAUUCCAAUUAAAUUUGUAUUAUCUUUGGAAAAAAAUAAUUAAUGUAGUUUUUAUCCGUCAAUAUAAUGCAUACAAACAUCGUUCUGGUGAAAUAUCAUUCAAAGAAAAAAUUGAUUUGAAUACCGUCUAUUUUCCUCCUCGUAAAAGAAAGCUUACUGCGACAAAAUAUAUAGAUACGUGGUAUCAAGGCAAAUUGCGUUAUGGUACCAAUCAUUUUACAGAAAAAACUAAUAAUUUACAAAAAAGACACUUACAAAUUGCUGUAUUUGAACAUAUUCCAGCAGUAACAGAAAAAUCAAAAUUAUAUUAUAAUAAACAACCAAAUAACAUAAUACAAGGUUUAGGAAUAGAAUUUGAAUUAAUACAGAUCAUAUCAAAAGCAAUGAAUUUUAAACCAAAAUAUUAUAUACAUCAAAAUAUUCCAUUGAAACAAAAGGACAUUGAAGGAAAUAAUCAAACUGAUACUGGGCUAAUAAGCAAAGCCAUAGAAGAAAAUGCUGCAUUUUAUUUGGGUGAUUUACAUUAUACAUUGCAAAAUCUGAAUUAUCUUGAUCUCACUAUUCCAUAUAAUAUUGAAUGUCUUACUUUUUUGACACCAGAAUCAUUAACUGAAAAUUCAUGGAAGUUGCUAAUACUUCCAUUUAAAUUUUACACUUGGAUUGCACUUAUUCUCACUUUGAUUCUAGGAAGUAUUAUAUUUUAUUUUUUAUCAUUAUCUUAUAAGAAGCACAUAAGUUCAUAUAAAAGUCAAAAUACAUCUAUAAAAAAUGAAACAAAGGGAUUAUACUUAUUUACUGAAAUAGGAAAUAGUAUUUUAUAUACUUAUAGUAUGUUAUUUCAAGUUUCAUUGCCACAUUUACCAAGCCCUUGGGCUGUACGAAUACUAAUUGGAUGGUGGUGGAUUUAUAGUAUUUUAGUUGCAGUUGCUUAUCGAGCUAGCAUGACUGCAACUCUAGCAAAUCCAGUUGCCAGAGUUACUAUUGAUACAUUAGCACAAUUGGCAAAAAGUUCUAUGGAAGUUGGGGGAUUGAAUGAAGAAAGCAAAAAUUUUUUCUUGAAAUCAUCAGAUUUCAGCAGCCAAGAAAUUGGUAAUAAAUUUAUAAUAAUUAAACAUGAAGAUGAAGCUAUUGAAAAAGUGGCAAAUGGUUCUUUUUGUUAUUAUGAGAACUCUUAUUUACUUCAAUAUGCCCGUGUGAAACGACAGAUAUUCGAAAAAGAAAAAAAAAAAAAUGAAACUACAAACAAUAUAUCAUCAAAACAUAAUUUACACAUUAUGGAGGAAUGUAUUAUAAAUAUGCCAACAGCUCUUGGUAUGGAAAAAAAUUCACCAUUGAAGCCAAAAGUUGAUAUUUUGAUAAGGCGCAUGAUAGAAAUUGGAUUAGUUCAAAAAUGGUUAAAUGAUGUUAUGGAAUGGCCAAAAAUUAUGGAAAUAAGACAAGAGGCAGAAUCAGAAAAAGCAUUAGUUAAUCUUCAUAAGUUACAAGGUGCAUUUUUUGCUAUUAUUUCUGGUUAUUUAUUAGCUUUUAUGAUUUUAAUAGGUGAAAUCUUAUAUUGGAAAUAUAUUGUAUUAAAAGACCCAAAAUUUGACAAGUAUCAUUUAGAUAUAUUUUAUAAUAGUAAUAAUAAUUCUAAAAUAUAA